AUCCCCAAACACCUUGUGGCUUGUGCCUAGUGCCAUAGCCAAAACGAAAAGGACACCAUUUGCUCAUUUCUUUCUGCCCAGUUUUCUCUAGGCACUCCGAUCACCGGAUAAAUGGUUCCGGUGACGGAGCCUCUUACCAAACAGCCCCAAAAUUCGAAUUGAUUCUCUCUACCCAUACAAACCUGAAUGGAUUCCCAGGACGUCUCUCAGAAGAAGGGCUAUCUGAUCCUGCGCUGGUCUCUCGCUCUCCUUUUCCCUAUCGUCGCUUUCUCUUCUCUCUCACUUUUCCUCGUCUUAGUCACAGUUUUCGUCUCCAAUUCUUCGGUUUCCGUCCCCAUUUCGGUUUCGUCUCAGUGCAGGAUCGUCUCCAGCAGUGUUGAUCUUAAGUCAGCCAAGGUUUGUGAGCUCGGAUUGUUCAAUUACAAAGCCAAGCAUGUGUUUUAUCCCUUAGAAGGAAGAAAGUUUCGAUGUCGUUAUGAUUACUAUUGGGCUUCUGUUUUUAAGGUGGAGUACCAAGAUCAGUCUUCUGGUCAAACUCAGGUUGCACUAGCUGAGGCUCCAAGUGAGGCUCUUCCUCUUAAUUGCAGACCUAAUUUUGGUGCUGCAUGGUUGACCAAAGACAAAUUCAAGGUCAAUAAGACUUAUAACUGCUGGUACACAUAUGGUGUUUCUCAAGUAAGCUUAUAUGAUGAUGGUUUCUUCAGUUGCCAAGCUACAGAUCCGUCUACAUUUGAAAUGAUAAGAAGAUAUUUCAUCCUGUCGACAAAGAUCUUACGCUCCUGGUUUCUAAGCCAGGAACCAGCCCUGUAUUGGAGGUGGGAAACCAUAAUUGGACUUGUUACUGGUUUUUCAACCGCAUUGAUCUCAAUAAGCUUCUUUAAACUCAUGCAACUCUUGAAAUCUCAAUUGCCUCAAAUCUCUGCUAGAAGAAUGCUUACACAGUCAAUCUCAGUGGUCCUCUUCAGGCGCACUUGUUUUCUUGUGGCAUACAUCUCUUUUAUGGGUUGGUUGGCCAUCGAGUUUGGGAAAAGGCUUGGCCUGCCAGAGAUUCUCACUCUUCUCAAGGAGUAAGGCAGGCCACACUAUUCUCCGACAAGUGCCAAUCCCUUUAUGUUCGUUCCCCUUGGGUCCUCAAAUUCAGAGCUGGUGCAAGUAUAUGUAUCAUUCAUUCCCCGUACUAAUAUACAAUUGAGUAGGUAAAUGUACUUGGAUCUUGUUAAAUAGAAUAUGUUGAGCUCAAACAGAAAUUGUAUAGGCAACUUACCCGGAAUAGAACAACAGUUACACUAGUCUCAUGUCAUUUUUAGAAUAAAAAGAGAGAUCGCCAACAUUAACUGCA